AUGCAAACCAGACUUUCUGAUUUCACAACCAGCAGCCGGCACCUUAAAACACUUCCCUUCGCGGACAAGAUCGAUUCUAGCACACCACCAAAGAAGCGCUGCCGGGACGCCAACUAUGCCGAAACCUAUCCCCUCCGCUCCACUAUUUCUCGAAGCGUGCGUGUGAAUCUGCAACUUUUGGAUUCUCGCUUUUACAGUCGCCAUUACGUUCGCUCUUCCUAUGCCGCAUUCGCACGUACGCGGAGUUCUUUUGCUCGAAGUGCCACUCCUUCCGUAUGCGAGGUAACCUCAUCUUUACACCUGAACCGAACAAAUGAGGACGGGGAAUCACUUAUUUCUUCCGUUGAAAUUUUCAAGAACUGCAUAACCGAUGUGGUGUGGGAUCCAAAAGAUGAAUUUUUUAUCGCGGCGCGACGCUCAAGCUUUCAACUGUUUGGGGCCGCUGUAUUGCUGGACAAUAAUGACCAACUGCCGGAAGAUUCAGGGACCCCUCUUUUGAAUUUAAACACCACGACUCUACGGGCUCGUCUCGGCGUUGAGAACAGGAUCAGCUUUGGUUUGACUGCCGUACAAUUUUUAGGAAGCACGCUAAACACUAUUUGUGGGUACAGUGGUAUUGCAAAAGUCGAUAUCUUUGACCUGGAGGAUCUCGAUGAGGAAACUGGCGAAGCGUUGCGCAGCUUCAAUUUAGAUUCUACGUUUACUCACGAAGAGCACAUCUCGAAUUGUAGUGCUCCAACUGCUACCGCAUUUGCAACACUGUCUGAUACGUUGGCGUUGGCGGCUCUCUCCAACGGAUGCUCUGCUUUUAUUGAUACACGAAUUCCAAAGCCGGUAAUUUGCACACGUAUUGCGAGGCAAUCGGAUAUCAUUAGCGCUUCCACUUCCAACGCAAGCAGACCAAAAACACGCCGAUGCAACACUUCUAUAGAGGUUAUCAAUCCUAGUUGCAAUGCGCAGGUGGUCAUUGGAUCAAAAAAUGGUAUAGUCGAAAUUUGGGAUUUACGCAAAUGCGAACGGCCCAUCGCCGCGACAGCAGUUAGUGGUUCAGUGGAGAUGAUAACCUCCGCUAAUUCCGUGAACCCCACCAGAUGCGGCGUGCCGCUCGUCUGGCUCAACACGGACUGCGGCGAUAUUACGUGUCUCAGUAUCGGUGCUACUUCUGUCGAAGAAGUUUGCAUCGUGGGAACAAAUGACUCUGAACGAUCGCAGAGUUCUGCUAGUCUCGCUGCGCCGAAAAUAUCUGUCAUGACGCAAAACGGACUUCUUAUUUACCCGCACAUCGCCUCAAACGUUGUUUUAUUUUACGAUAUCGACGAUCAUGAUAGCAACAGGCAACAACACGAGGCUAGAGGUUGCAAUUUCGCCAAAAAUGAACGAAAUUAUGUGGAUCUCAGUUCCGUCGCGGUAAACGGCGAUUUUAGAAGUGCCAGAGCACUGCUGCGGGAGCAAGAGCCGUCAUGGGAAAGUGGCGUUUCUUCUUUCAUUGAGCGCAACGAAAAACCUUGUGGUCCCACGCUAGUGCAAUCUUUCCCAUUGCACUCAUGGACUCACCAAAUCAGCUGUGUUUCAGCCGCCAAGAGACACGACGCGGUUGUUGUCGGUGGUGAUGAUGGAGAUAUUCAUUUUCUUCUUAACUCUUCACUAUAG